AUUUUGAUAAUUGUGUAAAAUUAGCAUGGAUUCUUUAUGUAUUGUUGGCAAGAGCUCCCAUGCCUUAAUUCAUUCUCAAUGGACAUUUAGAAAAUAGAUAUUUCAUCUAUUGGGAAUAUAGAAGUGAGCCUUCACAUUUGUUUGUAGUGUUUUGAUACUCAAUAAGACCCACCAAGUAAAACGAAACUUAAGUACUGUUAAACCUAAACUCUAGCAGUCAUGUGACUGCUGGUGUGUUUGGCUUCAGCUGCUGGUACAAAUAUGAACCCUGGGGAGAGUGCACAUUCUCCAUGCUUCAGUGAUCAGGCUGUGUAUCCUUGAGCGAUUGUGACCAACUAAAGUUAUGGUAGAAUGAAAACUAAAUGAAUGAAUGACAUGGAUGAUUUAUACAAAUUUGUUUUGUGAGACCCUGAAUUCCAGACAAGUUUUUUUUUAAAUUUCCAAAUAAUAUCAUGCCAACUAAAAUGUUCUGAUUCGGGCUCUGCUACUUAACCUCGAUGAAAAUCAGCCACAGUGACCAGGUGACGUCACACAGUUUUCAGUGGUCUUGUGUGUCUUAUGAGAAGAAACAAAAGCCACACAGUGAAGAUGGGCCUAGCUCAGACAAAAAGACUAAAACGGUUGCAACAUCUGUGCCUCGUAACAGGUUUCACCAUGCCUCCUGCAUGCAUGGCCGGUAUUUGUAUAUGUACGGAGGAAAAGAUAGGUACAGUCCACUUAAAGAUUUCUGGAGAUUAGACACAGUUUAUCAAACAUGGGAAGAGAUAGAAGAAACUAAAUCCAAGCUGCCCCAUCUGCAAGGUCACACAAUGGUUUCUUACAAGUCUCAGCUGUUAAUUUUUGGUGGAACCUUCCAUGACUCAUUAGAAGAGAUACCCCUGUGGAUUUAUAACCCAGAUCUGGCUGUCCUCCGUAAGUGGUACGACCCAUCAGCAGCACAACCCAGUGGGAGACGAGAGCAUUCAGCCGUGGUUUACAAAAAUACUAUGUUUAUUUACGGAGGAUUUUUAGAUCAUUCAGGCUCAACUGAUGAAUUCUGGGCUUUUGAUAUAGACGAAGAAGAGUGGGUUAAUGUUCAUCACAGAAAACCUGGCAAACGCCAUGGCCAUGUGGCGGUUGUAUUCUCCAACAGUAUGUGGCUGCAUGGUGGUAUGAGGGAGCUGACAGCGUUAUCUGAUCUUUGGACGUACCAUUUUUCUUUGUGUAAAUGGAGUAAAGUUAAGGGCCUUGGCUUGUGUCCUACAUUAUCCAAUCACACUGCUCAUGUGACAGACAACACACUUCUACUGGUUGGUGGUUCCAGGCUAGGAGCAGUUGUUCAUGAUAUUUGGGCUUUUAAUUUUGAGACUGAAUCAUGGAAGCAGCUAACAUUUGACCACUGUGACACGUACCCAUGUGUGUCACUACACACCUCUGUUGUGCUCAGGCCUUCUGCUGUACAGGACACCAAGGACCGCUCCCAGUCUGUCCCCCAACUGAAAUCAAAGGGAGUAGUUAGAGAAGAAAUGACCAGGCCUAUGACCAGCCCACCCCAGCUUAACUUCCAGGACAAGAAAUUUGAGGCAACUUCUAAUGCUGGCGACUAUCAGAUGGAUGCACUUGAUAGAUCUUGUCCUACAAACUUGGACCAAGUUCUGAAUAUUGAGGCAGAGACAUCUUUUUCUUGCUGUGAUGCAAAUGAAAAAGACAGAAAUUGUACAGGUUUGUUUAAAGCAGCUAAUGUUCUCAAUGUUGAAGAAAGCAGACAUCAUUCCGAGAGGUUGGGUAAAAUAGCACCAGCCUGCAGACAUCAGUCCGAGAGCUCAGGUAAAAUAGCACCAGCCUGCAGACAUCAGUCCGAGAGCUCAGGUAAAAUAACACCAGCCUGCAGACAUCAGUCCGAGAGCUCAGGUAAAAUAACACCAGCCUGCAGACAUCAGUCCGAGAGCUCAGGUAAAAUAACACCAGCCUGCAGACAUCAGUCCGAGAGCUCAGGUAAAAUAGCACCAGCCUGCAGACAUCAGUCCGAGAGCUCAGGUAAAAUAACACCAGCGUGUGUUGAACAUAGCAGGGACAACAUCCCAUUGCUGCAGCGGUUCCACUCUGUUUUAUCUGAUGUUGAAUGGGGAGAAAACAACCUGAGCCUUACCAUCUCAGAUGAAAACAUUGAUGGUAGAGAGGAGAAGUUGAGUAGUGUGAAGUGUCUUGACCAUUCAACUCCAGGCAACACAGGUUUUGACGCUGACAACCGCUGGGCAACAUUGACCCAAAAGCAUUUUCAAAACAUAUCAGGUCAAGCUAAUUUUGAUAAAAAAGAAUAUGAUGUUGUGUUUGUUGAAGAUUUGACAGUGGAAUCAAAAUUUGAUGAUCUGAACAUUGAAGAUUUAGAAUUGUGUGAUGUAGAUCAGCUGUUCAUCCAACAGACACCCGUCCACCACUCACCACCACAGUCCAGACUUCUUCCUGGCUUAGACAGCUGCAGCAUGGAAAACAUUGGUCAACUCGCGCAACACUCAACCCAAGUUUACUCCAGCCACCACACACCACACCACACAGUUCACAGCAGCCAUCAUGUACCACACCCUACCCAAGUUUACUCCAGCCACCACACACCACACCACACAGUUCACAGCAGCUGUCACAAGCCACUCCCUACCCAAAUGAACCAUGCAACUAAACAAGCCUGCAGCCCAUCCUCCAACAGCUCCGCGCCUGAAAAAGAAACGAUCAAUGCUUUCAGUGCUGAGCUAGGCCUUGAUGUGAGUUCUCCAUCUGACCAAGAUUUAGCUGCAUCAAAGCACCAUUCUAUUGGUACCCAGACACAGGACUUUCUAGUCACAGACACACAAGAGCUGCAUCAUGGUUUUACUUCACCAUUGGCACGCUGCAAUACUAGUACUCUCCCUUUUAGCCAUUCCAUUAUGGGGGACUCUGAACUUUGUUUACUUGUACUGGGGGGACAGACAGAGGACCCAACUUUUAAAACAGAGCCACUGAAGUUGUGGAAGUGUCAUAUUUAUUAA